UGCACACAAUAUAACUAGAAAUACUGAAUGAAUUAACAUUUUCAAUGGUUUCUUAAUUUUUUAAGCGGCUGUAUUAUAUGUAUAAUAUAUAUUUGGGCUCUCUGGGUUGCUAAGAGUCUAUGGUAGUGCUUUUCUGAAACUUUGAAAGGAGACAGGUCCGUGAAACAGAUAAAAAUCACAUACUGGUUAAAUGGAAUAUUUGCCAUUUCCUCUCACUAAGAUUGUCUUUGUGUGCGUUGGGAAAACCAAUAAUUUGGCAAACAACAUAGAGUGCGUGGACCGGCCGCACCCCAAAUGAGGGGCAUCACAUGCACCUACCAUGAAAUAUGACAAAAUCACCCUACAACGAAACCUUUCGGUUAAGACACUGCUGACAGAGGAGGGAGACCUCAUAGAAACACUAAGUUUACAACAUAUAGGCUAUCUAUAAAAUCUUUAUAUUUCUAUUCAUCCAAAAAGAAACAUCAUUCAUCUUAAAGAGCGAAGAAUCAUGUCUAAAAUAAAAAACAAUGAGGGAAAUGUGUUGAAGCGUGUCAUAAAACUGCCACUUGUAAGCUCAGCGUUACAGCAGGCUUCUACCAUCUACAUGGGUAUGAAGGGUCGCUAUCCUUUGCUCGGGUUUGUGGGGGGUGUAGCAGAGCUGGGUGUCCGCACUGCAUCUACAGCAGCGAUGCAACGAGCAGCGCCUUAUCUACAGAACCUCGAAUCUGAAAUUGAGGCAGUUAACAGCUUUGCACUGUUGGGUUUGGACCAACUAGAAAAGCUUUUUCCUAUCAUCCUGCAUCCCACAGAUGAGGUGGUUGCAAACCUAAAGGACGCAAUCUUCUCCAGACUGGAUGAUGCGCAGUCUCGUGUAAAUGAUGAGCUGGACAGAGUCGUGGACAGAUGGGAAAGCCUGCAGGAGCUCAGCUCGCGCCUUCUAGAGGUAGCUCAAGAAUCGGCAGCCGGGAGAGUUGUUACCGCUGCCAUGGAUGAGCUCAUCACCCAAUCAGAGGGGGCAUUGGCUUAUUAUCUGCCUCUGCCACCUACACUGCAUCAUGAGUGGGAGAAACGUGUGCAGGUGUUCGAAGAUGAGGAUGGUGAUGAGGAAGAUGAAGAGCCUCAGAUGUGGACACGGAUCCGCAGCCUGUCGUUGUGUCUGUACCUUCAGCUGCACCACAGACUCAUGAAUCUGAGAGAACGAGUGGAUAGCGUUCUGCAGAUGCUGGGGGCAGCUGCUGAAACGGUGGGUCUAACACAGUUGAUGGAGAUGGUGGCAUCUCUGCUGCAGCUGCUUCUGACGUUUUACGUAUCUCGAAUGCUUCACGCAGAAGAACAGCGCUCAUUUCUCAUGGCCCGGCUUGCCUCAGGUAUACAGGCGCUGAAGGGUCUGACACCAGUACGGCAGAUACUGGCUUUACCUUCUCAGGUCCACUCCCUCAUGGAUGACCUGCUGGAACUGGGACAGAUACUUAUACAGCUACUUAUCAACACCACCCCACUCUAUGACCUGGUGAAACAGGUGUCUGAUCUAGAUGGAACAAGUAACCCAAUUCCAGAUGACCUUCCUGAAAGUUCACCCAGCCGUACUUCUGCAAACAACCUCUUCCUCAAGGCUAUGGAUGGUCGUCCACGUCGCCGCAGAAGCCUUUAUGCGCGUUCUCGUCGUGGGUCUGCAAGCGGGCCUCCAACCAGCCCGGUUCGCUCACCCGUUCCAACGGCAGUCCCGGCUAAUGGCCGUAAGGGUAGUUUGAAUAAAGACGGCCAGUCUUCAGGUCCUGCAGAAUGUGACACACUGCUUGUGCCCACUACUGAAAUGCUUUAUCAGCGUUCCACGGCUACCGAGGUUCUGAUAGCUCCCAUCAUGCAGUUUGUAACACAGAGCCAACGUGCAUUUGAGAUUUUGAGUUCUUCCUCUUCAUCUGAGGAGCAGAUCAUACCUGUGGUGGAAACCACAGAACAUUAAGUGUUAUUUUUCUUAAAUUUAACACCUUAAUGUACCCUUGGAUAAUGAGUAUACGGAUCAAAUGUAGUCGCAGAUAAGCAGAUAGUCUGACAAACAUCUUCAAAGACUUCUAUACCCCCCUUUUUAAUAUAAGCUUGCUGUUUAGACCAAAUAAAAUAAUUUCUGUCCCAUAGCUUAACAAUAAAAAUUAUGCAUAUAUAUCUUUUAUAUACUGUGAGCAUUUUUUGUUUGUUUGUUAAUAGACUGGUGUCAAGAAAAGGAUGAAUGUUAAGACAAACAAAGAGAAAGAACGAAAGGAGACAGCUGAAAAUAAACUUUAAAUGUAAAUAAAAAUUUAAUUGGAAAAUUAAAUGAAACAUUUAAAUUGAAAACAAAUUUGAUAGCCUAUAAAAACAUUCUAUUACGGCAUGUUUUUUUAUUUUUUUUAUUAAUGAGCUGUUUUACGUAACACCAAAGUAUUUUUAUUAGCUAUUUUAGUUAUGAAAAUAAAGGUUAACAUGGCAAUUGACAGGCAUUAAAUGUCACUGAUCUAAGAUCACAGCUGUCACUGUAAUGAACACGAUGUAUAGAAAGAAAAACGCAUGUAAAAUAAUGGUGAGAAAGGAUUUCCUUAUAACUUUUGCUCUGCUGCUCUGUGUAUAGCUCAAGUGUUAUUACAUAGAUACUUUAGAUUG